AUGCUGCGACGGUUCAUGACACAGCCAGCAGGAGGAGCAGGAGCAGGAGCAGGAGGAGCAUGGUUGUCGAUGCUGCUGGUCAUGCUGAUGCUGCUACAUCAGCCCGUGCAAGCUCAGACAACUUGUGGUUUCUGCACCUUCAACGUCAGCAAUGGAGUUCUUGUCAAGACAGUAGGAGGAGACUGCGGUACUAAUUGUACAAAUCUUCCACUGAGCAGGAAAGGGAUCAGCAGCAUCGCAGACGGAGCUUUGACAGCCUCAGACCUCACCAGCCUGAAGUCUCUCGAUCUCGGUGGAAACCAGCUGACAAGUCUACCUACGAGUAUCAGCGGCCUGACAAGUCUCACGGAUCUCAACCUUUAUGGCAAUAGCUUGACGAGCAUAUCGGAUGGUUUCUUCGACAAGCUCACAGGCCUGACGUUUCUCAAUAUUGGCUACAACCAGCUGACAAGUCUACCUACAAGUAUCAGCGGCCUGACAAGUCUGACGAGUCUCUUCCUUUAUGGCAAUAGCUUGACGAGCAUAUCGGAUGGCUUCUUCGACAAGCUCACAAGCCUGCAACAGCUUUAUCUCUCCAACAACAACAUCUAUUGCAUCGAUGCUGCUGCCUUCGCCUCUAUCCCUGCAAGCGCAUCCAUCUACAUCACCGGCAACAACGCCAGCCUCUGCGUGCAUCCCUCCUGGCCUGCCUCUGUACAGUAUGAUACCGGCCUCCAGAACUGCUCUGACAUACCAGCCUCUGCGUGA